AGCGGUGCGGAGCGGGGUGGGCGGGGGCAGGCGAUGGAGGGCAGGGAUGGAUCGGGGCCGGCCCGGCCCACGCGUGACCUCCGCGUGUCCCCGUGGGUCUGCCCUCACGGCUCUGCCCCCUCGUGUCUGUGUCUGCUACGGGUCUAUGGCCCCGUGUCCCUCUAUGUCAAUGUGUCCCCUAUGUCCCCCCACAGAUCAGGGCACUCUGUGUUCCCUUUGUCACCCUUCUCUCCCAUAUAUGUGUCCCCCGUGUCCCCUCGUGUCCCACGCAUCACCCAUCUCCUCCAUGUGCCGUGUCUCCGUGCCCACUCGUGACCCUCAUAUCCCCCCGAUAUCGCCUCCACGUCCCCCCAUGUCCUCACGUGCACGCGUCCCCCCGUGUCCGUGUCCCUGUGUCCCCGUUCCAUCCCGCAGUCCCCGCUAUCCCCAGGCCCCGCCCGGCCUCCUCUCCCCCCCGUCCCGUCCCGUCCCCUCCCCGCUGUGCCCCUCUCCGGCCCCCGACCCGCCCCGUCGGCGCUGACUGAAGGCGGCACCUGCGGCGGUCACACGGCCGCGGGGAGAGCGGAGAGCGCCCACAGUAGGAGCAUGGAGUCCACAACAACCGAUGGAGCCCCAACCCCAAAUGACACUGCCCUGGGUGACCUCACACAGACAUCAACAGGGCCCACAGAGGGGAUGGUGGGGGGGGACAGCGGGGAAAGUGCAGCACAGGAAGGGCAGGGGGAGGCUGGGGGGGAUGAAGGGGGCGCUGGGGGGGAGAGUGCAGGGGAUACGAGGAUUGGGGGCGAGGUAGAAGCAGAGAAGAACUGUGGGAGUGAGGCUAAGGGGGAGGCAGUAGGGGAUGCUGUGAGUGAGGUCAGCAUGGCAGGAGAUGCUGGGAGUGAGGCUAAGGGGGAGGAUGCAAGGGAUGCUGUGGGUGAAGCUAAAGGGGAGGCUGCAAAGGAUGCUGAGAGUGAGGCUAAGGGGGACACUGUAAAGGAUGCUGUGAGUGAGGCUAAGGGGGAGGCUGCAAAAGAUGCUGUGAGUGAGGCUAAGGGGGACACUGUAGAGGAUGCUGUGAGUGAGGCUAAGGGGGAAGCUGCAAAGGAUGCUGUGAGUGAGGCUAAGGGGGAAGCUGCAAAGGAUGCUGUGAGUGAGGCUAAGGCAGCAGGGGAUGCUGUCAAAGAGCCCACAGCAGGGCAGGCUGCAGAGCACGAGGCUGAAGGGCAAACCAGAGGCAGUGCAGUGCCACAGGAGGAUGCUGAGCUGGGGCCCAGGCCAGUGGCAGCAGGCAGCAGCCAAGGCCGGCAGGAGCCCACCUGGCUGCAGGAUGAGGAUGAUGAGCUGUGGCCUGAGUUCCCCCCCUGCUCACCCACGGAGGAGGCCACCAGCCCCACCAGCCCUACCACCCCUCUCUCCCCUACCUCCCCCGUGUCUCCCACGUUCCCCAUGUCUCCCACAUCUCCCUCAUCUCCUGUGUCCCCCACAUCCCCCACAGCUGGUAGCACUGAGAGCUCAGGUGGCAGUGAGAGUGGUGUGUCUGCAAUGGGGCCACGCAGCCGGGUGCCCCCUAGGGUGGCAGCUGUGGGGCGGCCACGAAUGAGCAGCCGGGCACAUGGGCGCAGCGCCAUCCUGGAGAAGUUUGGGGGGGCAGCCACAGGCCCAGCUCCACACCUGAAGCGCGUGGGGGCCACAGGCUCAGUGAAGGCCAUGCUGCUGGAGUGGUGCCGUGCCAGGACACGUGGCUACCAGCACGUGGACAUCCAGAACUUCUCGGGGAGCUGGAGCAGCGGCCUGGCCUUCUGUGCUUUGGUCCACAACUUCUUCCCCGACGCCUUUGACUAUGGCAGCCUGGAGCCCCAGGACCGCCGGCAUAACUUCACCCUGGCCUUCACCACUGCAGAGGAGCGUGUUGACUGUGCCCAGCUGCUGGAGGUGGAUGACAUGCUGCGGCUGGCGGUGCCGGACUCCAAGUGCAUCUACACUUACGUGCAGGAGCUGUACCGCAGCUUGGUGGCCAAGGGGCUAGUGAAAACCAAGAAGCGCUGAGGCCCCCCCAGCCCCGUUCCCCACUUUGUCCCUCACCCCUUAGGAAUAAAGGUUUGCAGUGCCGUGC